AUGCAAAACGAGCCAAUGUUUCAGGUCCAGGUGGACGAAUCUGAAGAUAGCGAAUGGAAUGAUAUCUUAAGAGCCAAAGGUGUGAUACCUGAGCGUGCACCCUCACCCACAGCAGAACUCGAAGAAGCAUUAGAAGAAGCACUUGCUAAACAACAUGAAAACAGAUUGGAGGACAAAGACCUAUCUGACUUGGAAGAACUAGAAGAUGAUGAAGAUGAGGAUUUUUUAGCAGCAUAUAAGAUGAAAAGAUUAAAUGAAAUUCGUAAACUACAAGAACGUUCCAAAUUUGGUGAAGUUUUCCACAUUAAUAAGCCUGAAUACAACAAAGAGGUUACAUUGGCUAGUCAGGGAAAAACACACGAAGGCCCAAAAAGCGACGAUAAUGGCGAAGAAAAUAAUAACGGUGUCUACGUGUUCGUUCAUCUAUCAUUGCAAAGUCAGCUACAGAGUAGAAUCCUUUCCCACCUUUUACAAUCAGCAGCAUCCAAAUUCAAAGACAUAAAGUUUGUAGAAAUACCUGCCAACAGAGCAAUCGAAAACUACCCAGAAUCCAAUUGUCCGACUUUGAUUGUGUAUUACCGAGGUGAAGUUGUUAAAAACAUGAUAACUUUAUUAGAGUUGGGAGGUAAUAAUUCCAAAAUGAAGGAUUUUGAAGAUUUUAUGGUAAAGGUCGGUGCCGUAUCAGAGAGAGACAACAGACUAAUUAUAAAUCAAGAUGAUGAAGAAUCAAGAGAAGAAAGACAAUUACAUUUCGCUAACAAGAAAUCGAUCAGAUCAGGCAUAAGAGGGAAAUUUGAUGUCGGCAUAGGUAAUGACGGUGGUAAUAUCAACGAUGAUGAUGACGGGUUUUUUGACUAA